AAAAGCAAGAGCCCUAAUGGAUUUCAACAGCAGGUGAAAAGAAAUUUAGCCAGUCAAGAACUGAAAAACCCACCAAUAUAUCUAAAACCAGAACCAGACCUUUCUGACUCUUCCCCAGGAACAAAAAUGUCCUGCCCGAUUCCUCCUAGAAAAAAACCCUGUUCCCCUCUCAUCUCCUUCCCCAGCCAGGUCCCAGGUUUCCCAUCUCCUAGAAAAAGAUGGAUCCCUCUGUUCAAAUCCUCUGUGUGGUGUGCGUGGGUGGAAGAUGGGCUCCGCUGGUGGACCAUGGUCCAGGCAGGGGCUCCAUGCAGUGCGGGUGGGAGGAGAAGGCGUCACUUCCGGGGGCCUUCGCCAGUGUCUGGUAGCUCCCUUCUCUGAUUGGGCAGAAGUGGCCUGGGCAGGCGUGUGACCUACUGCUGUGGAGGGGCUGUGCCCCAACACUACAUGUCUUCCUACCCAUCUGCACCCCAGAGGGCUGCCUGCUGUGCACCUGGGUCCUGGAGCCCUUCUCCACCCGGAUAGAUUCCAGACCCUCUUCCUCGGCCCACCUGUGCCCCACAGUGCAAGAAGUGCAAGAGCCCAAGCCGCCUCCAUGGCCCCAGGAAGGAUUCAGGGGAGAGGCCCCAUCCAGGGAGCCACUCCAACCAGACAGCGUGGCCAGAAUGGAGCUGACUGAACUGCUCCUCGUGGUCAUGCUUCUCCUAACUGCAAGACUGAAUCUAUGCCUUCCGGCUCCUCCAGCCUGUGACCCCCGUCUCCUAAAUAAACUGCUUCGUGAUUCCCAUGUCCUUCACAGCAAAUUGAGCCAGUGCCCAGACGUUAACCCUUUGUCCACACCUGUCCUGCUGCCUGCUGUGGACUUUAGCCUGGGAGAAUGGAAAACCCAGAAGGAGCAGACCAAGGCACAGGACGUUCUGGGAGCCGCGACCCUUCUGCUGGAGGGAGUAAUGGCAGCACGGGGACAACUGGGACCCACCUGCCUCUCAUCCCUCCUGGGACAGCUUUCUGGACAGGUCCGCCUCCUCCUUGGGGCCCUGCAGGGCCUCCUAGGAACCCAGCUUCCUCCACAGGGCAGGACCACAGCUCACAAGGAUCCCAAUGCCAUAUUCCUGAGCUUCCAACAACUGCUCCGAGGAAAGGUGCGCUUCCUGCUGAUUGUAGUAGGGCCCACUCUCUGUGCCAAGCAGGCCCUGCCCACUACAGCUGGCCCAAGCAAUACCUCUGUAUUCCUCACACUACACAAGCUCCCAAACAGGACUUCUGGAUUUUUGGAGACAGACUCCCAUGUCUCAGCCAGAACUACUGGCUUUGGACUUCUGAAGAGGCUGCAGGGAUUCAGAGCCAAGAUUCCUGGUCGGCUGAACCAAACCUCCAGGUACCUAGACCAAAUCCCUGGACACGUGAACAGGACACACGGACCCUUGACUGGAACUCAUGGACUCUUUCCUGGACCCUCACCCAGGGCUCUAGGAGCCCCAGACAUCCUUCCAGGAACUUCAGACAUGAGCUCCCUGCCACCCGACCUCUGGCCUGGAUAUUCUCCUUCCCCAACCCAUCCUCCUACUGGGCAAUACACACUCUUCUCUCCUUCACCCACCUCACCCACUCCCCCGAUCCAGCUCCAGCCUCCACUUCCUGACCCCUCUGUCACACCCAGCUCUGCCAGUCCUCUUCUAAUUGCACCCCACCCUCACUUCCAGAAUCUGUCUCAGGAGGAGUAAGGUACUAGGGCCCUGCCAGCUUCAGCACUGUCUCCCAUGUAAAGUUCCCUUACCCGGAGGGGAGGCCCUGGGAAUCAAGUUAUACCAGAUUUCCUGCUUUCACCUGAAACCCAAAGCCCUGCUAAAGCGGGAUACACAGGACAGAAAAGGGGAUCAUUUUUCACUGUAUAAUGUAAAACUUCAGAAGCUAUUUUUUUAAGCUAUCAAUAAUAUUCACUAGAGCGUCUAGUUAUCUUUGGUCUAUUUUCUGCACAAAUUUACAGCUUACUAAUUCUCUACAUGCUCUUUUUCAUACGGUAAUUAUGCAAAGGGCUGGUCUGGCCUGGCUUCUGAACAGAGGUGGAGACUAACCUUAUGUCAGAAAACAGAGAAAAAAGAGCUUUGAUUUUUUUUCCUCAGAACUAAGGUUAGUGUCUUUCUCCCCUUUACUAUCAUUCUCAAUAGGGCUCUGAUCUCCUUUUCUUAGGAGAUCCUUACUCUUGAAAAAUGAAUGAGAAGUUGUCCCUCAGAAAGGCCGUCUCUACAUAAUCAACAAAACUGAGCCUAUAUAAAUAAAAAAUAAAUAAGAACACCCAAAAGCUAACAGAAAAGCAAAGGAAAGAGAUGUUCUUCUCAGGGGGCAAUAGAUCUCCCCCUUCCCUCCCCUCCCAAAAAGUUAACAGGAAGCCUUGGAGAGCCUCACACCCCAGGUAAGGCUGUGCAGACAGUUCAGUCAAGACAAAACCUGGAUGUGACAGCUGAGCAAACAGCGAGAGCUUCAGCAGCUCAGCAGGAAGCUUUGCCAGGCACGGGUUCCUGCCUCCCUCCUGUGGAGGUCAGGGGGAAGUGCAGGAAGUGGCAAGAGUCAGUCUCCUAGGGCUCACACAGCAGGAGGGACAAGUACAAGUUGAAGGCUCAUUUCCCAAUCCCAGAAGCACACAGUAUCUAAGAAGCUGCCCUAUGUGACUACCAUGAACUCUGCUAAGGAUUCUCUAGAGAAGCCAGGCUUAUUAAGGGGCCUUGCAAAUAAAUGCCGCUGUGGUGCCUCUGAAAAGGUUUAUUAUUGCCCAAAACAAAAACUCCAUUGCACAGGUCAACACUACCUCCAGAGGCUCCUGUAGGAAAACUAAUAGCAGCUUUUUCCUCUUCCCUCCCCGCAACUCCCCAAAGGAAAGACGACCAUGUAGGUAAAACAGCCAGGAAUCCAGAGUUCCAAACACUGCCACAGAUACCCCAGGAUCACUAGAGGUAUUCCAAAAUAGAAGAAAUGAAAGCCAGCAUGCUGGGAACCUUACGCAUGUUACCUUUUAUAGCGCUCACACAACUCUAUCACCUUGGGAUUAUCAUCUCUACUUUGCAGACAAUGAAACUGAGACUCAGAGAAGCCAGGCAUUUUCUCAAUGCUUACAUAGCCUGUGAGCAAGAAAAGAAGAAACCCUAGGCUGACCAGAGCCCAUAUGGUCCCCAGUGUGGUGUACUGUCCAACAGAUCAUUCAGUGAUUCUAUAUAUCAGGAAAGAUUUCCAAGUCUUGGGGGAGUAAACAGACCAACAAUUAAAAAGUUCUGAGUAGAAAACCAAAAGCUCUUGGAGGGGGUGACGAACUUAGACAUCUCCAGGUGUCCUUCUCUCCCAUCAUGGAUAGAACAGUUGCCAUGGAGAAGGAAUCAACAAAUGCACAAAGCUCAAAAGUGUACGCAUCUCAGAUGGUGUCAGUUUUUGCAUGGGAGAGAACAGUUCAUCCACACUACAAAUUCCAGCAUGCAGUCAAGGGAAUGGUUAAGUAGAAAUUGUAAUUUACUGAAAUACUAACCUGGAUUAAAUGUAAUGAUCAAAAGGAAGAACCUUCUGGCACAUGAAAGAGUCAGCACCCAGAACAAGAUAUGCCGAAGGGACCAAAGACAAAGGCUUAAUAAGGGUUCUCAGCACAGUCAGAUGAGAGACAAGGUUGGCAAAACUGCAAGAAGUAUAUAGCCAGUAAGUUCCAGGCAUCCGGUAUCAGCAUUGGACUUACUUCAGAGCAAAUGCAAAUAACUCCUGGGCUUCUCCAAUGUGAACUAAUCUGUCCAUAUUGAGAAUCUACCCUUCCCAAAACAUCGUCAGACUUAUUCCA